AUGUCAUUUGUAGUAGGUUUUGAUUUCGGAACAAAGAAUUGCACUAUUGCAGUUGCCCAAAAGGGUGGUGUAGAUGUUAUUGCCAACGAAGUUUCAAAUCGUUUAACUCCAUCAAUGGUUUCAUUUGGUGAAAAAGAGAGAUACUUAGGUGAAUCUGCUUUAACUAAUCAAUUAAGAAAUAUUAGAAAUACAAUUACAAAUAUUAAAAGAUUUAUUGGACAAGAAUUUAAAACAGAUACAGUUCAAGAAGAAUUAAAACAUGAAAUGUUUCAAUCAUACGAAAUGGAUAAUGGAUUUGUUGGAUAUAAUGUAACAUAUGCAGGUGAACAAUGUUCAUUCUCAAGUGAAGCAAUUUUGGGUAUGUUAUUUGGUAAAUUAAAAAAGACCACAGAAGCAUUUGUAAACAAUCCAGUUCGUGAUGUGGUAAUCUCAGUACCAGUAUUUUGGAAUGAUUAUCAACGUCGUGCCAUUUUAAAUGCAGGUUCCAUCGCAGGUUUAAAUAUCAUUCGUUUAAUCAAUGAAACCACAGCAACAGCACUUUCAUAUGGUAUCUACAAAGAAUGGUCAGAAACUGACCCAACCAACGUUUUAUUCGUUGAUGUUGGUGAUUCAGCCACUUCUGUCUCUGCCGUUCAAUACAAAAAAGGUCAACUCAAAGUUUUAGGUACCGCUUCAAAUCCAAACAUUGGUUCAAGAGUUUUCGAUGAAACACUCGUCAAACAUUUCGCCAAAGAAUUCCAAACCAAAUAUAAGAUCAACGUUUUCGAAAACAAAAAAGCACUCAUUCGUUUAAGACAAGCCUGUGAAAAAGUAAAGAAAAUCUUAUCAUCCAACAACGAAGCUCCAGUCUCAAUCGAUUCACUCAUGGACGACAAGGAUGUCAAGGGUAUGAUCGAUAGAGCCACCUUUGAAGAAUUGGCAAACGAUGAUAUGAACACCAUCGUCGAACCACUCCAACGUUUAUUAUCAGAGUUACAAAUGACUCCAGAUCAAUUCCAAUCCAUUGAAAUCACUGGUGGUGGUACACGUUCUACCUCUCUCCAAAAGAAAUUAUCUGAAGUCCUCGGUAGAGAUCUUAGCAAAACCAUCAACUCUGAAGAAUCAGUUUGUCGUGGUGCUGCUCUCCAAUGUGCUAUGUUAUCACCAGUCUUUAGAGUACGUCCAUUCGCUGUCAAUGAUGUUGCUUCCUAUCCAGUCAGUGUUCACUUCAAAUCCGUCUCUGGUGUUGAACAAAAAUUAGAUCUCUUCAACCUCAAGAGUGCUAUCCCAACUCCAAAACCAUUGAGAAUCUCUUUCCCAGUCACCAAAGCUGAAGGUUUUGAAAUCGUCGUCAACAGUACCUUUGGCACCAUUGCAACCGUUAAAGUUGAUAACAUCCCAGCUUUCACCAACAAAUCAUCCAUCAAAGCAAAGGUUUGGUUAGAUAUUCACGGUAUUUUCCACAUUGAUGAAGUUAAAUUAGUCGAACAAAUUCCAGAAGAAGAAACAGCUGCUCCAGCCGAAACCCCAGCUGAAACUCCAGCCAAUGGUGAAGCCGCAAAACCAGCCGAAGAAAAGAAAGUUAAAGUUAAGGAAACCUCUUUGGUUUUCACCACCUCAAGAAAAGGUUUAACCAAUGAACUCUUAAAGGCUGCCAUCGAAGAGGAAGGUCGUAUGCAAGCUUCCGAUCUUUUAGCCAUUGAAACCGCCGAAAAGAAGAACGCCCUCGAAAGUUACAUCUAUGAUAUGCGUUCAAAAUUACAAUCAUCCCUCAAAGAAUACGUCACCCCAGCCGAUGCUGAAACCUUUAUGACUCAAUUAAACAAACAAAUGGAUUGGUUAGAAAGUGAAGAAGGUGAAGAUCAAACUAAAUCUGUUUACGCUGGUAAACUCGAAGAACUCCGUCGUCUUGGUAAUCCAAUUCAAAAACGUAAACAAGACUUGGAAGAUUAUCCAGAUGCUGUCCAAACCCUUAAAAACAUUGCUUCAUACGUUAAAAACGAAGCUAUGAUUCCAGGUGAAAGAUAUGACCACAUUGAAAAGGAAGAAAAAGAAAAACUUUGCAAAGAUUGUGAUGAUGCCGUCGAAUGGAUUGAUGCUUUAGUUGCCAAACAACAAGCAACUCCAAAGACUCAACCAUGUAUUAUCAAUACCACUGAAGUACUCGCCAAAAAGACUCAAUUAGAAGUUACCGCUAAAAUGAUCCUUGGUAAACCAAAACCAAAGCCAGUUGAAGUACCAAAGGAAGAACCAAAAGAUACUCCAAUGGAAUCAAAAGACGCACCAGCUGAAGAACCAGUUGCAACUAAAGAUCAAAAGAUGGAUGAUAUUUUAGAUUAA